AUGGCUUCUCUCAAACGACCCAAGUGUCCUGCAAGUCAUGGCCGAGUCGAGCUACUCUUUGGUGCCCUUCCUUAUGCUUUAUCCCGUGCUGCUGACCCUCGAGGCUGCAUUGGCGAGGUACCACAGCUGCAAAGGCUCAAGCCAAGAUGUAGGAGCCGUGUGCAUGCGCAGCCAGUGCUGUUGGCGGUGGCUGCUUGCUGGCUCUAUCACCUCCCAUCAUCGGAAGGUCAUGGCCGAUACACGUCAUUUGGCUGCACUGGCUAUAUUGCUAUCCCUGACAAUAUACGGAUCACCAUGAAGACCAUGAUGUCGUCACACCUUUUCGACACUCAUCUUUCUAGACUAAGCCAAGUUGAUACGAAGCAUACCCAACCGCUCUGGUCCUCACCGUCAACCCUGUGCGACACGCUGACUGUUUGGGACUCCGCUUCAAGCCCUGCGAUCUGCCAGCACUGUCAACAAGCAGUCACAGACGUAAUUACAAGCCGAAGAAUCAGAUCAACAAGGCAGUAG